AUGGAGUUAGCAGCCUAUCAGCGGAAGGAUGUGGCAAAUCAAUGGUAUAAUGAGUGGGAGGAUUCAAAGGGUAGUGAUGCUGAGUCUUCUGUGUGGGGUGAUUUUGUGGAGGCUUUUCUGAAUCAAUUCUUUCCCCAAGAAUUGAGGGAAUCCAAGGUUGAAGAGCUUAUGAACUUAAAGCAAGGGAAGAUGAGUGUAAAGGAUUACACCUUAAAGUUCAAUCAAUUAUCCUGCUAUGCCUCAAAAUUGGUAGGUAACAUGAGAGCCCGCAUGAGAAAGUUUGCAUCUGAUCUUUCAGAUGAUUUGAUUAAAGAGCAGAAGAAGAGGGUUACUGAAGCAUGGGAGAAGGACAGGAAAGCAAUGAGGGCCAAACCUGUGGACUAG